CCCUCCAGAGUGACAACUCUCCUCCAGCUAAUAGAUUGAAAGGGAUUGCGGCAGGUUAUUUCAGGAUAACGUCAGUCAGGCGUUCAGUCAGUCACCGCAUCCCACAGUCAUGUCGCUGAGGCUCUUGCCCGCCAUCAUCAUGGACGACGAGGAUGAUGACGGCAACUUUACCAAGUGGAUGAGCAGCUACUGGGGACACGGAGGCGAAGGACGCGGCGGAGGUGGCGGAGGAGGACACCUGCGUGAAAGGAAGCGAAGUUUUAGGAGACCGGCCAAGACAAGAGUUGAUAGACGAGCAUCUCUUCCAACAGUCUCCCAACUUGACGCCAUGAAGCUGAACCGGUUACACGCGGCCACUACUGCGAGUCACGCGAAAAGCCGAGAGGACAAGGGUGAGGUUAGACCUCACCAGAGGGCUCGGCGGACAUCCUUAGACGACAACAAACGCUCCAAGCUACCGGAGAGCCGCAUCGGAACCAUCCCUGAGCUGACCGAAUCCUUUCAAAAAAGACUUUGUCUUCAAGAUAAAUGCACCCCGUCCCAGAACGGAGAUGGCAAGAUGUGUCUGCUGUGUCAUGACAACGUGUACAAAAGUGGUGCUGGCCUUCAAGAGCCGCAUUGUGUGCACACCUUUCACAAGGAGGUCCGAGCCGUGCGGUCCACGCAGUGGCAGCGAGACGGCCGCGACCUGCAUGGUGAGGAGACUCCUGAGCGACAGGCGGAGGUCCGCGGAUGA